ACGUCAACUUCAAUAUUCAAUCAAUCAAUUUCUUAUCAAUUUUUCAUAUCCAUUGUUAAUAGAAUAAAACGAAUAUUAAAUAAAAGUGACCUAAACUGCGAUUUAAUUUAGAAUCAAUCUAACAUAAUAAUGUCAGGUGAUUAAGAUUUAAUUCAAAUUGCGCCGGUUGUGCAGAUUAUCUUUUGAUGGAGUUUAUGAGUAUCACACACUAGGCUAAAGCCUUGUGAAAUAACAUUUUUCAAUAUUUAAUUAUUUUCAAAGGUAGUAGAAGAGAUAGAUCUCGGUCCCCUUCACGAGACAGUACGAACAGACGCAGAGACAAACAUCAGGAGUUAAAUAAAGCUGAUAUGUCUAAUGUAUUGAAUCAGAUGAUGAUGACAAAUAUGUAUUCUCAAGGUAACAUGCUUUUGGGUGGAGGAAUGUAUGGAAAUAUGAUAAUGCCAAAUGCCAUUAUGACUGGAGGAAUAAUGCAGCCAACUCCAAUGGAAAUAAUGACUGGUACUGGUUUGGAAAUGAUUCCUCAGCCUCCAAUGGACAUAUCAGUAAUAGGAAAUCAAGGUUUAGGAACAAGUGCAACACCAAUAGAUAUGAAUAUGAUGAAUAUGGGAAGUGUGAUGGUGGACCCAGCUAUGCUCCCUGUGUACUCAAAUAUGAAUACAGAAGUGGCACAGGAGAAAAAAGAAAUUGUCUUAAAACAUUGUAAACUGACUCCCCCUGUACCUGGUACCCCUCAACCUCCGAAAAGAGAACGUCCUCAUGGCUGCCGCACAAUUUUUGUCGGUGGAUUACCUGACAAAAUACGUGAAAGUGUACUCAGAGAGAUAUUUGAACCAUAUGGUAGAAUACAGAUUUUGAGAUUAUCUAAGAAAAACUUUUGUCAUAUACGCUUUGAUAGGGAAAGUUGUGUGGACGCAGCUAUGGCAAUUACAGGCUAUAAAGUUAAAUUGACAAACAAAGAUAAGGACAAAGAUGAUAAAGAUAGUGAUCAAGAUGAUGAACAUUCUCAUGCAACUAAUGGUUGGUUGCAUGUCGACUAUGCCUUGAGUAGAGAUGAUCAGAAUGAAUAUGAGAGAAGACAGAGACAAGCAGCUCGUGCGCAGCAAGCACAAAUGCAACAACUCACAUCACAUCCAGAAGCUAAUCGAGCAGUGAGUUAUAAAAGAUCACCAUCACCUGUUAGGAUUCAACCAUUCACAAAUGCAGCAAUUGUCCAACUAUCAGAGAAAAUCAAGAGUGAGGAAUACUUCUCUACUUCACUACCGACUCUCAUAGCUUGGUUAGAACGAGGAGAAUGUUCAAAGAAGUAUUCAAAUCAAUUCUACACAAUGAUACAAGCAACCAAUUCUCACAUUCGUAGAUUGUACAGCGAGAAAAUACAAUCUGAAGAGGAAUUACAAGAAUGUAAAGAGAGAACUAAGAGGAAUAUCCAGAAUAUUAUUGAUCAGCUCGAACAGGUGGCGAAAGUGUUCUCAGCGGCCACUCACCAGCGGGUCUGGGACCAUUUCACUAAACCUCAAAGAAAAAACAUUGAAACAUGGCAAAAAAUGACACAGGAGUUUAAUAAUUUGAAAGAAGAAUUCAAUGAGAAAUUCCAGACUGAAGAGAUGGAGUACAACGGAAUGUGCUAUAAUAGGAUCACAGAUAAUAAUAGUGAGGAAAUUCAAGAGUUAAAGAGAGAAAAUGAAAGUCUUCAAUUCCAAUUAGAAGCAUAUAAAAAUGAAGUUGAUGUUAUAAAGAUGGAUGCUCAAAAGGAAAUGGAGAAGUUCAAGGCCCAGUACAUAGCGCGACAAGCGUUGCAGAAUGCUAUGGACAUCGGUGAUCAACCACCAUUACCAGCUCCAAUAAUAAAGCCGCCGCCGCCUCCGCCGCCCUCGUUGCCGGACGACGGAGAUACUAAAGUGCACCCUCAAGGCGCGAGCCUGGACUACGUUGUGUCGUACGUGCGCGCGCUGUUCCCCGAGGUGUCGCAGGCGGCCGCGCACCGCGUGCUGCACAAGCACGGCGACGUCUUCCUGCGCACCACCAGCGGCGUCGGCGCUAACAUCGAGCACAAAUGGUCCUUCAUCGCAUUCAAUGGAAACAAAUGA